AUUACUAAGUCGUCCAAUGCUCUAAGAAUCCAUGUAUGUAUGUGUGACUGUGAUGUUCAUAUGUUUCGAGACUUCGAUCACGCUGCUUUGGUCAUCUGUUCGGAGCUCCGUGUCAUGAAGAAGAAGCUGUUUACCUUUUGAUUGGUAUCAAGUAAGUAAUAUUACUUCACAAUGGGUGACGACAACAAGGAUGAGGAGCGUGUGUAUGGUGGCUGUGAAGGUCCAGAUGCAAUGUAUGUCAAACUUAUUUCUUCGGAUGGCCAUGAAUUUAUAGUCAAGAGAGACCAUGCUUUAACCUCAGGAACCAUCAAGGCCAUGUUGUCUGGUCCAGGACAGUUUUCAGAAAAUGAAACCAAUGAAGUAAACUUUAGAGAAAUUCCAUCACAUGUUCUCCAGAAGGUCUGCAUGUACUUCACGUAUAAGGUCCGUUACACAAAUAGCUCAACUGAAAUUCCCGAGUUUCCUAUUGCUCCGGAAAUUGCUCUUGAAUUGCUUAUGGCUGCUAACUUUCUCGAUUGCUGAGCUGAAGGUUUCACUUUUAUAAUAAUGAUGUGCUUGUUGUGUUGUAGAAAUUUGAGGAAGUGGUCUUUCAUGAUUACUGGUAAGUAGAAUAAAAUUUAUCCAUGGUAUUAAUUUUCUUGAACAUUGGAAUACUUGAAAUCCUUGAAAUUUAACACAACUGAUCUAUCUAAUCAGGGAAACUUGUCAAAAUGGAAGUUUACUUUUGGCAGUUGCCCAAUGCAGACGGGUGCAGAUCUUGUGGUUGGUUACCAAGAUUUUGAAUAUUUAUCCCAAGUGCCCUAAUUAAUGAUAUUACAUCUUUGUAAUUAUAUUUGUGAUGACCUUGACAGGUUUUCAGUAGUACGUGAAGCUGCAGUAUUUAAGGAAGAAAGUCAAAGGAAGAAAGUUAGAUACAUUUGCUUUAGGUCUUGAACUUUUUCUUAUAAUACAAUUGAAAGAUGCUGUUUUUAAUAAAGCUUUCUUAUUAAUAUCUUUUAUUUUGAGUGAAAGUUAUUAUGUAGUUAUUAGGUUGAAUCCAGAGAUUCACUAUCAGCAAGCUACAGUGAUCCUGUACAGUACUUUAGUGUUAAUGCUUUUGUACCAUUUUUUCCCCUCAAACGCUGAAGUUUGUUUGUGAAAGCAUGAAUAUGUAGGUGCUGUGCAGUCUGAAUUUUUAGCUCAGUUCCUGUACUUUUUUUGGGAGGUCUAGUUAGGGUUAUCCCAUUACUGGUAGGUUAUCAGUAAGACAAAAUCUGUCUUGUAGUGUUACAGAGUGCAUUUAGUUACAAGAGAUGCACCUAUAAAGCAUAGUUUGCAACAUGUUUUGUUGUUAUAUAAGUUAAAAUUUUGAUUUGUUGAUGCAGCUCAUUUACGUUGUAAAUGUUGUCUUUUUUUAAUAAUCUAGAUCUAUCACAUCUCUAUUCUCCUGCUAUUUAAUCCACAUUGUGUAAAGCUAUUUACAAUAUUUGUUGUAUUACACGUGUGUAUAUCUGGUCCGUGAUGUUUGUUCACUUCUUAUCUGAACUAUAAGGCAUUCUUGUCCACAUUAUUUUUUUGUAAUUAAAUAUUAGCAAAAUAUCAUUGCAGUUGAUAAUUUGCUAAAACUGUAAAGAAAUGAUUAACCUCAGUUUUUUUCUUUUUGUCGGAGUAUAAUUAAACAUUGUAGUCCUAAGAUACUUUCAAAUUUUGCUGAUUCAUAGAUUUCUCAUUAUAAUGUUUGUCAUCUGAAAAUUUGUUUAAAAAAUUCCUUCUGUGGAUGUUCAAAUAAAGAAUUGGUAUACUU